AUCCGGUCCGACUGCCAAAUGUGUCCGCCACCCGCGCCUCUCGUGUAAAGUCGCGUUUAAAUGUGGUGUGUACGUACGAUAGCACGCAAUUUAACAAAACCCGCGUCUCAAACAAACCCAAACAACCCAGGCAGUGUUUUACGCCUGUUGCAUUCACACACCAGCCGCCGCCGUUUACUCUCCGCAGACGUUACUGACACAGAAAGUAGAUCCAUGUCCACUCAGCCCAAGAGGCUCUGCACUGAAAACAUGUCUGUUCAAAAGAUCGGAACUCACAACGGCACCUUUCAUUGUGAUGAAGUGCUGGCCUGUUUCUUCCUCCGCCAGCUGCCCGAGUACGAGGAUGCAGAGAUCAUUCGGACCAGGGACCCGACAAAGCUGGCACAGUGUGACAUCGUUGUAGAUGUGGGAGGAGAGUUUGACCCCAAGAGGCAUCGCUAUGACCACCAUCAGAGGACCUUUACAGAGAGCUUCCAUAGCCUGUGUCCAGAGAAGCCAUGGGUGACCAAGCUCAGCUCAGCUGGCUUGGUGUACCUACACUUCGGUCGUCAGCUGCUGGCCCAGCUGACGCAGCUGAAGGAGGGUGACAAGCAGCUGGAGAUGCUCUUUGACAAGCUGUACGAGAACUUUGUGGAGGAAGUAGAUGCUAUAGACAACGGCAUUUCACAGUUUGACGGAGAGGCCCGCUACUCCAUCUCCACCACGCUGAGCGCACGUGUCAGCCACCUGAACCCAUGCUGGAACAGCAAGAGUCAGGACACUGAGGAGGGUUUCAAAAAGGCUAUGAAGAUGGUUGGGGAGGAGUUCCUGGACCGUCUGGAGUUCUACCAGUCCUCCUGGCUGCCGGCUCGCACAGUGGUGGAGGACGCUGUUAAGGAGAGGCAUCAGGUAGAUCCCAGUGGGGAGGUGGUGUUGUUCUCCCAGGGUGGUUGUCCCUGGAAGGAGCAUCUGUUUACCCUGGAGAAAGAGCUCCAGGUGGAGACACCCAUCAAGUUUAUCCUUUACCCCGACCAGAAUGGACAGUGGAGGGUCCAGUGCGUCCCCGCCGGGCUGAACACCUUCCAGAACAGGCUGUCCUUGCUAGAAGAGUGGCGCGGUGUUCGUGAUGAAGCACUGUCGGAGCUCAGUGGGAUUAAGGACUGCAUCUUCGUCCAUGCUGGAGGCUUUAUUGGCGGGAACAAGAACCAGGAAGGAGCCCUGGAGAUGGCCCGGAGGACCCUGCAAGCCGCCGCCAAGUCCCCUGCAAAUGGAAGCAGCUGAAGGGUCAGAGAGGACAGCGAAGAGCACAUUUUGUUUCUCGGGGGUCAGUCUUUAGAGAGGAUAGCAAGGAUUAAAAUGUUAGUUUGCAGCUUGUUCGUCCCAGCCAGGGCUAAUGUUGUUUUAUUCUUCCUUGCCAGGAUGGGGAUGGUAUGGAAAUGGCAGCCAAAUAACCUUGGACCAAUUCCCUAAUUACCUAUAUUCCAACACAGACUCACUCUGAAUCAUAAUGUUGACUCAAUGUUAUUCUCUUUCUCUCUACCUGUUCUUCUAAAUGUAGGUCUGUUUUGUUGUUCAUUUGCAAUAAAAGACUAUUUGGAUUACAUUGUGCUCUCAUAAACAUUUCAGUAUUCAGUUAAAUCUUGCAAUAAAGCAAUUGUGUUUCCAA